AUGAAGUUCUUCUCAGCUACGGUGUUAAGCGCCCUCUUCUUUGCGGGGCUGUCGCAUGCUACGGAUCUCAUCACUCCAGAAAAGGCUACAGAUGACAUUAAAGCUCGAGAACUGCAGAAUGUACUCUGGAACUUGCAAAAGAUUGCUCGUGAUAAUGGCGGCAAUCGCGCCCACGGGACUUCCGGCUACAAGGCAUCGGUGGACUUUGUCGUGGAGCGCGUCGUGAAGCGGUUCGGCGCUCGUCUGGACACCUACGUCCAGGAGUUCAACUAUACCUAUACGGGGAUUCGCAACUUUGAACUCACGGGGCCGGACGGAGACAAGGUAGACUUUUAUAAUCACCAACAAAUUCUGUCGACGCCUCUACCUGGCGGCCUCACCGCACCUCUGCUGCACAUGCCUGUCAACGGCACGCGCGGCACCAUGUGUCUUCCGGAGCACUGGGACGGCAUCGAUGUCGCCGGCAAGAUUCUUCUUUUCCAGUACGCGGUGUGCAACGCCACAUACACCCAUAUCAGGCUCGCAAAGCAGAACGGCGCGUCGGCUGUAGUUUUCUACAACAACGUUCCCACCACUCCCAGGGCGCAGAACCCGCGCGGCCUCGACCUCGCUCUCCCGUCCGGGGUCGUCCCGCAAGCCGUUGGCGAGGAUUGGAUUGCCAGGCUCGCCGCGGGUGAGGACCUGGACGUGACGCUCAUCAUCGACGCGUUCUCCGAGCAGCGCAAGAGCUGGAACGUCAUCUCGGAGACGAAGCUGGGGAACCCGGACAACGUGGUCAUGAUGGGGGCGCACCUGGACAGCGUGCAGGCCGGGCCGGGCAUCAACGACGACGGGAGCGGCUCGGCUGCCCUGCUGGAGAUUGCGACGUCGUUCCAAAAGUACACCGGCUUCAAGAACAAGGUGCGCUUUGCGUGGUGGGGUACUGAAGAGCUCGGCAAGAUUGGCUCCCUCUACUACGUUGCGCAACUGUCCGAGGCAGAGAGGGACAAGAUCAAGUUUUACUUCAACUACGACAUGAUUGCCAGUUUAUACCCAGACCUUGUCGUCUACGCCGACAACGAAGCCCACCAAUACGGUGCCCGACACCUCCUUGAGUACCUGGAAUCUGCUGGCGCUGCUGUCAGGCCUGCUAAAUUUGGCACCGGGUCGGACUACGUCAGCUUCCUGCAAGUCGGCAUCCCCAGCAGCGGCCUCUUCACCGGCUCCCAGGCGCAGUUCGAUCCAUGCUACCACCAGCGGUGCGACACGCUGGACAACAUCAACUGGGACGUGUACGAGAAGACGGCGAGGUCUGCUGCGUAUGCCGCGGCCAAGCUUGCUCUGAACAUGGAAGGGGUCCCGCCGCGUAACACGUCGAGCUUGAAUCUCCGCUCUGUUCGCGGCAUUCAGGAGAGCUUCCACGAUUGGGCCAGUGGAAUUGAGGUUGUCGAGACUCAUUCGGGUUGUGGUGGCGGACACGCGGAGUAG